UCCGCCUCCCUCAAAAGAUAAGGAGAAUGUCUAAAUUGAAUAUUAAAGAACUUCUUCAUUAAUGCCUAUUAGCUUCCGCGAAAUCUGAGUCUUUUAUUUGCAACUACGAUACAUCUCUUGAUUUAGGAAUUAUUAACAGUUCCCAAGAACCGAAUUAGUGUUAAGUGUUCUUUGGUGUAUUCACUUUUUGGGUAUAUAUAAGACCGAAAAUCGUACAUUUCGAAAAGAAUAGCGGAUCUUCUCUCGUCAGGGAAGCACCAGUCAGCUCCUCGCCAGUGGAUUAAUCCUCCUUGAUCAGUUAUGGGAAAGGAUCCUUCUGCCGUCAUUUUGACAACGGCACUUGCAUUUUGUGCGUUUUGUCCUUUCUUUGCCAGGUGCGAUGAGACCGAGCUUGAUAUCAAAAAAGGCAUUGAAAGUUUGUCGAAAAUCCUGGUGAAAUAUCAAGCCGAGUUCGACAGGAAGGUGAAGUUUGCGGAGCUGCAGGAUGCCAUCGAUGAGAUUGAUAAAGCCAUGCUGAGAUACAAGGGCAAAGCCAAGGACAAGCUGCCUCAGAUUCGCCCUUUGAACUCCCAAGCCCGUCUCACCUACCAAAACUGUGUGGGCUCAGUUUUCGAUUGGUGCAUUUCCUCCACCGUCCCCUUUAAUAUCUUCAUCGAUAAAAUUGGGGACAGCAAACUGUCGGAAACGAAUAGGAUUCUAAUCUGGAACCUGACCGUGUCUACUCUGGAAUCGGGCCUCACAAAAACCGGAAAAUCUUUGGAACUCCUCUCCAAUGUCCAAUACAAAACUGCUCAGCUCAAAAAUGCGUUUAAAGAUAUUUCGCAUGAUGUCCACGACGAUUUCGGCCCAGGGGGCUUCUAUAGCGAAGAAAAGGUGGAUCUGCAGAAGAGAAUCAACCCUCACUCUGUUGAUUCUCUUGGCGCCUUGUUUGAUGCGAUCGGUUUCCUGGUUUUUGGACCGAUUGGUGCUUCACUGGGCUUCACCUAUGCCUUUGCCGCGUUUGGUAUCACCGAUUUGGUUCAUUGGAAACGAAUGAAACCUUACCAGGAGCAAGUAGAGCUUAUUGAGCAUUUCUUCACGGACCUGACGCAAAAGAUUGAGAAUGCCACCGAAAAAGUGAAAGAAAUGGAGAGUGACCUGGAGGAGGACAAAACCAAUGUUCAGAAGCUCCGAAGAGUAAUUGCAGGCCCCAAUAUUAAAAAAGAGAUAUUGGCUCUUCGAUUUAUUCCUAACAUCCAGAGUCUAAAGGAUAGCUGCGCCGAAUACGUGAACAUGAUGCUCCCUUUUAUCAGAAGAUCAGUUCAGUAG